AUGAAGCUAGAGAACAUUCUAGUGACAACCGGCUCUGUUGUCACCUUCUUGCGUCUCGUAGAAUAUGCAACUGAGGUUGAGUUCCUAAAGAGCUUGAUAGGCAUAGGCGUAAAGAGACUAGUCGUCCAGUAUGGAAACGAAAAAAGACAUGAGAAACACGUUAGCAGAGAUGUUUUCUUGAAAUCAUUGGAGGAUUCAGGUGCUAAGGAGAAAUUUAAAUUGGUUGAAACGGCAUCGGGUGUAUUUCGGUCAGACUUCUAUGACUUUGAGCUCGUUGCAUUUGCGUAUUCAAAUGAACUAGAAAGGUUCAUCAACGAUGCUGACAUAGUGAUAUCCCAUGCGGGCACAGGGACUAUUAUUGAUGUUUUGAGGCUCAAUAAGCCUUUAAUAGUCGUUACAAAUACGAGUUUGAUGGAUAAUCAUCAAGAAGAGGUUGCUAAUGAAUUUCAAAAUUUAGGGUAUUGUCUCAAAGUAGCUGACAAGAACCUUCAUUAUGAAAUGCCUACGUGUAUCAGAUCUAUCCAGGCGGAUAAAUGCAAGCUUAGGGCCUUUCCACAAUCCACCAACCGAGUUCUUGAGCAUAUAAUUUAUGAAGAAUUGAUUUAUUAA